CUGCUGCAGCCAUGGCCAGCACGGUUAGCCCCAGCACCAUGGCUGGGACCCCAGAGCCACCUCCAUUGUCUGAUCGAAUCCAAAAUGCUGCCGACAUCUCAGUCAUUGUCAUCUAUUUUCUGGUGGUGAUGGCUGUUGGGCUGUGGGCAAUGCUGAGGACCAACCGAGGCACUAUAGGAGGCUUCUUCCUUGCUGGUCGUGAUGUGGCCUGGUGGCCGAUGGGCGCCUCUCUCUUUGCCAGUAACAUCGGCAGUGGCCACUUUGUGGGGCUGGCUGGGACAGGAGCAGCUUCAGGAGUCGCCACUGUAACAUUUGAAUGGACUUCCUCAAUAAUGUUGCCGAUUCUUGGAUGGAUCUUUGUCCCCAUCUAUAUCAAGGCAGGGGUGAUGACCAUGCCAGAAUAUCUCAAGAAGCGGUUUGGCGGGGAGCGACUCCAGGUCUACCUCUCCAUCCUCUCCCUCUUCAUCUGUGUGACUUUGUCAAUCUCUUCAGAUAUAUUUUCUGGAGCCAUAUUCAUCCAGCUGGCCUUGGGAUUGGACCUUUACCUGGCAAUCUUCAUCCUCUUGGCUAUCACUGCUGUUUAUACCAUCACCGGGGGCUUGGCCUCGGUGAUUUACACAGACACCCUCCAGACUAUCAUCAUGCUGAUUGGCUCUUUUAUUCUCAUGGCGUUUGCAUUUAACGAAGUUGGAGGUUACGAAAGCUUUACCGAGAAGUACAUGAAUGCCAUCCCGUCCGUAGUCAAGGGGGACAACUUGACAAUCAAUGCCAGGUGCUACACACCUCGGGAGGACUCCUUCCACAUCUUCCGAGAUCCUGUCACUGGGGAUAUUCCAUGGCCAGGAAUUGUAUUUGGAACGCCCAUUACAGCUUUGUGGUACUGGUGCACAAAUCAGGUCAUUGUGCAGCGCUGCCUGUGUGGCAAGGACAUGUCUCAUGUGAAGGCUGCUUGUAUCGUGUGCGCUUACCUGAAGCUGCUGCCCUUGUUCCUCAUGGUGAUGCCAGGGAUGAUCAGCCGCAUUCUGUACACAGAUAAGGUAGCAUGUGUGGUACCUUCCGAAUGCGUGAAAUACUGUGGUGUUGAGGUCGGCUGCACUAACUACGCAUACGCAACAAUGGUGCUGGAACUGAUGCCCCAAGGACUGCGAGGCCUGAUGCUUUCAGUCAUGCUGGCCUCUCUCAUGAGCUCCCUGACCUCCAUCUUCAACAGCGCCAGCACCCUCUUCACCAUUGACCUCUACACCAAGGUGCGGAAGCAAGCAUCAGAGAAAGAGCUCCUGAUAGUUGGACGGCUAUUCCUUCUUCUGUUAAGUGUUGUGAGCAUUGUGUGGGUCCCACUGGUACAAGUAUCUCAAAACGGACAACUAAUCCAUUACACAGAAUCAAUUUCUAGCUACCUUGGGCCUCCAGUUGCAGCUGUCUAUGUGCUUGCCAUCUUCUGUAAAAGAGUCAAUGAACAGGGAGCAUUCUGGGGUCUAAUGGUUGGACUUGUGAUGGGCCUCAUUCGUAUGAUCACAGAAUUUGCUUAUGGAACAGGGAGUUGCUUGGCUGCCAGUAACUGUCCCAAGAUUAUCUGUGGAGUGCACUACCUGUACUUUUCCAUCAUUCUCUUCUUUGGGUCCAUGCUGGUCAUUCUGGGAAUUUCCCUCUUAACAAAACCCAUUCCUGAUGUACAUCUGUACCGCCUGUGCUGGGCUCUUCGCAACAGUACAGAGGAACGAGUCGAUAUAGAUGCAGAAGAGAAAAGUCAGAAAGAAACAGAGGAUGGUGUUGAUGAAGAUUAUCCUGAGCAAUCACGUGGAUGCCUCAAGAAGGCUUAUGACUUGUUCUGUGGUUUGCAGAAGGGACCCAAGCUAACCAAGGAGGAGGAGGAAGCCCUGAACAAGAAGCUCACAGACACGUCUGAGAGGCCCUUGUGGAGGACAGUAGUAAAUGUCAACGCCAUCCUCCUUCUAGCUGUGGUGGUCUUUAUUCACGGCUACUAUGCCUGAACUCUAUCCAAGCCACUGGAAUAGUGAAUAAUUCUUA